AUGGAUGGGAUGUCAGCAAAUGUUGAGGAAUCAUUGUGCAAAAUGCUUAAAGGACGUGAGUUCAGCCUUCAACUGGAUAUUGGUUCAUAUGGGUUCAACCAGUUCAGCUUGCAGCUGCAGGGGGAUGACACCAACCUGAUCAAGGUAAAAUCCAUGCUUUUGUCAUUCUUGUCGAAAUUGGAAAUGUUUCACCGAAACAUUGGUAGAAGAGAAUUUACUCAGUUUCCUAGCUUGACAGAGACACUGAGAGAAGGGCGGGUUUCUGACGAGGAACUAAAAAUAUACACCAACCACCUCAGAGAUUUGCAUGCUGAUAUGAUCGCGGAGGCAAGGUUUACUGAUAUCUUUAAACUGGAAAUUCCAGACUGGGUACUGGACCCAUUCAAUACUGGAACAGAUGGUGGCCUGACAGUGGCAAUUGAAGAAGAGCUGACAGUGCAAAGAGACUUUGAAAUCGAACCAUUGUUCAAAAAGUCGUACCAGUCAUUCAGGUUGAAAACUAUUGUGCAAGACAAAUAUCCCUCCCUGUAG